CUGGAUAUUCGUGUGGCUGACAUGCAGAAUGUGUCAUAAUAAGUUAUUACCGACAGAGGUAAUAAAUUUAGGGAGGAAUGAAACUGCAUGUUGAAAGGAUGGAGAUAAGCAGGGGAAAGGCUGACGUAAGGUGAUGGGCUUUGGAUGGUCGACGCCUGCGCGUGAAACGCUGGAUGCAACCGUUGGAUGAGAUUAGGAAACUGCGCCUAAAUCUAACCCCCGUCGAGCGCCCUCUUGGCUCGAGCGACGGCUGCAACGCGAACCGGGGGCCCGCUCGUGGCGCGGCCAUUUUGGCUCUGGUCUGGACCAGCUUCCCGGGCGAUAGAGGGAGGGGCCUGGCAUUUCUGGAAGUCUGAGGAGCAGCCAGUCAAAGGCGGCCAGCAUCCGAGCCAGCACGGGAACCGGAGCAACGGCGGGCGACACGGUGGAAAUACGGGUUUCAUUUCAACAUCUGCAGACGGUGUGCGUGCACCGGGGCCGCUGUCGACAUGAACGCGAAGGUCUUCCACCUGGGCUCGGGGAGCUAGGGAGAAUUCUGCAGCCCGCUCACAUUACGUCUGCGGCGGGAUAAGCCAUCGGUGAUACAACUGGGUGUACGCGGCGCGAGGAGCCCCAACCGGUGAUUCCAUCGACAGCUAGCUUAUAUUUGGACCUGCUAGUCGACCAUCCCCCCCCCCCCUCCCAGAGCCCCGUUAGCUUGCGGUGCGGGGAGCACAUCGGUGCGGUGCGGUGCGGGGAAGUGUCCGUCGGAUGUUGCCGAGGGGAGUCCCUCGUAUCGGGCGGUAUCCAAGCAGCGCGGCGCGGAGGCGAGGCGAUGCGAAGUGGGCUUGGGUGUUUUUUUUUUUCUGCCAACGAACGAGCGAGGACAUCUCCACGCCCUGGGGUCCGCUCCGUGGACACCGUGUAGCUAGCUCGCUGGCUAGCCGAGCCCACCGCCGGGGGGGACUGGUGAAGGUGGGGCCGCCGAGUGACAGCCUCGGACGACAGCUAAUGUUGCUAGCAGGGUAACAUCUCGAGUGAGUUGUUUUUUUUCCCCCCUCCUCCCUUCUUCUUCUUCCCCCUGACACUGACAUUCGGGGAAGGGGAGUUAAAUCACCGGCAGUGUCCAUUCGGGCACAACAGUGACAGAGAGAGAGAGAGAGAGAGAGAGAGAAACACACGUUAUUAUUGAUUCCUCCCUGCACAUCCUCCUGGGGAGAGCAUCCUCGUCUACCUGCAUGACGAUGGCGGACGACGACGUGCUGUUCGAGGAUGUCUACGAGCUGUGCGAGGUGAUAGGGAAGGGUCCCUUCAGCGUGGUGAGGCGCUGCAUCAACAGGGACACGGGCCAGCAGUUUGCCGUAAAGAUCGUCGAUGUGGCCAGCUUCACCUCCAGCCCGGGCCUCAGCACAGAGGAUCUGAAGCGAGAGGCCAGCAUCUGCCACAUGCUCAAACACCCUCACAUCGUGGAGCUGCUGGAGACCUACAGCUCGGACGGCAUGCUCUACAUGGUCUUUGAAUUUAUGGAUGGAGCAGACCUGUGCUUUGAAAUAGUGAAGAGAGCAGAUGCCGGGUUCGUGUACAGCGAAGCAGUGGCCAGCCACUACAUGAGGCAGAUAUUGGAGGCACUUCGAUACUGCCACGACAACAAUGUGAUUCAUCGCGAUGUAAAGCCUCACUGUGUGCUGUUGGCCUCGAAGGAGAACUCUGCUCCGGUCAAGCUCGGAGGGUUUGGAGUGGCGAUACAGCUGGGAGAGUCUGGAUUAGUAGCUGGAGGUCGAGUCGGUACCCCCCACUUCAUGGCCCCCGAGGUGGUGAAGAGGGAGCCGUACGGCAAACCGGUGGACGUGUGGGGAUGUGGCGUCAUCCUCUUCAUCCUCCUGUCAGGCUGCCUGCCUUUCUACGGCACCAAGGAGCGCUUGUUUGAGGCCAUCAUUAAGGGGAAAUACAAGAUGAACCCGCGCCAGUGGGCCCACAUCUCGGAGAGCGCCAAAGACCUGGUGAGACGCAUGCUGAUGCUGGACCCCGCCGAGAGGAUCACCGUCUACGAGGCCCUCAACCACCCCUGGCUGAAGGAGAGGGACAGGUACGCCUACAAGAUCCACCUGCCCGAGACCGUGGAACAGCUGAGGAAGUUCAACGCCAGGAGGAAGCUGAAGGGUGCAGUUCUGGCCGCUGUUUCCAGCCACAAAUUUAAUUCCUUCUAUGGCGACCCCCCAGAGGAGCUACAUGACUUCUCAGAUGACCCCACCUCCUCAGGACUGCUAGCUGCCGAAACAGGGGCAGUAUCACAGGUUUUGGACAGUCUAGAGGAGAUCCAUGCGUUGACAGACUGCAGUGAGAAAGACAUGGACUUCCUGCACAGUGUCUUUGAGGAUCAGCACCUCCACACCCUGCUCGAUCUUUAUGACAAAAUCAACACCCGGUCGUCUCCUCAGAUCCGAAACCCUCCCAGCGAUGGAGUGCAGAGAGCUAAAGAGGUCCUGGAAACCAUCUCCUGUUACUCAGACAACAUGGAGGUCAAUGAGCUCCGGCGGAUCCUCACACAGCCACACUUCAUGGCUCUGCUGCAGACCCACGAUGUGGUUGCCCACGAGGUGUACAGCGACGAGGCGUUGAGGGUGACCCCCCCGCCCACGUCCCCGUACCUGAACGGAGACUCCCCAGACAGCACCAACGGAGACAUGGACCUGGAGAACGUCACCAGGGUGCGCCUGGUCCAGUUCCAGAAGAACACCGAUGAACCCAUGGGCAUUACUCUGAAAAUGAACGAACUCAACCACUGCAUCGUGGCCCGCAUCAUGCACGGUGGAAUGAUUCAUCGACAGGGGACUCUGCAUGUCGGAGAUGAGAUCCGAGAGAUUAAUGGCAUCAGCGUUGCCAAUCAGACAGUAGAGCAGCUCCAAAAGAUGCUGAGGGAGAUGAGGGGUAGCAUUACCUUCAAGAUUGUGCCCAGCUACCGGUCCCAGUCCAUGUCCUGUGAGGAGUCGCCCGACUUGUCCCAACAGUCGCCUGCGAAUGGCCAUGCUAGUGUCACCAGCUCCAUCCUGGACCUGCCCUCAACGAUUCAGCCCAAAGGCCGUCAGAUCUCCAGACCUACCAUCAAGGACAAAUUGUCCAUCAAGAUCUACGUACGCGCGCAGUUCGAAUACGACCCGGCGAAAGACGACCUCAUCCCGUGCAAAGAGGCAGGCGUUCGCUUCCGGGUGGGGGACAUCAUUCAGAUCAUCUCCAAGGACGACCACAACUGGUGGCAGGGAAAGCUGGAGAACACCAAGAACGCCACGGCGGGCCUCAUCCCCUCACCUGAGCUACAGGAGUGGCGUGUUGCAUGUAUAGCGAUGGAGAAGACCAAGCAGGAACAGCAGGCCAGCUGCACCUGGUUCGGCAAGAAGAAGAAACAGUACAAAGACAAGUACCUGGCCAAGCACAAUGCAGUGUUCGACCAACUAGACCUGGUGACAUAUGAGGAAGUGGUCAAGCUGCCGUCGUUCAAGAGGAAAACGCUGGUUUUGCUCGGUGCACAUGGAGUUGGAAGGAGGCACAUCAAGAAUACACUCAUUACCAAACAUCCAGACCGCUUUGCCUACCCCAUCCCCCACACAACUCGACCCCCAAAGAAGGACGAGGAGAACGGAAAGAACUACUACUUUGUGUCUCACGACCAGAUGAUGCAGGACAUCAGCAACAACGAUUACCUUGAGUACGGAAGCCACGAGGACGCCAUGUAUGGAACCAGGCUGGAGACCAUCAGGCAGAUCCACGGACAGGGCAUGAUCUCCAUCCUGGACGUUGAACCGCAGGCACUAAAGAUCCUCAGGACUGCCGAGUUUGCUCCCUACGUUGUCUUCAUCGCUGCUCCUACCAUCACCCCAGGCAUGACUGAGGACGACUCCCUCCAGCGGCUCCAGAAGGAAUCGGAGAUGCUGCAGGGGACCUACGCUCACUACUUUGACCAGACCGUCAUCAACAACGAGAUCGACGACACCAUCCGCAUGCUGGAGGAGGCCGUGGACCUGGUGUCCACCACGUCCCAGUGGGUCCCCGUCUCCUGGGUCUACUGACACGCAGUCGCCGCCCUGAACGCCCCGGCUCUGGUCCAAUGCGGCUGCUAAACUUUGUUCAGAGCCCGCCGGGCCACGGCCCUCUCAUCAGAAUCACACAUUUCUGCAGAAAAACUUGUUGGGGGAAAAAAAGAAGAGGGAAAUGAAGGAACUGAAAACUCUGACGCCUCAUUACAGAGACUUCAUCCUGCCCCCCAUCCACUUUCUCUCAACAGCCUGAGAGGCAUAUUGUUGUGUACAUAUAUACAUAUAUAUAUAUAAAUAUAUAUAUAAAUGAUAAAAAAAAAAACCCAAGAGAACAUGGCUCUGUCCUCAUAUAGUUGAAGGGUGGCGAGUGGAGGGGCAGUGUGGUAGAUAUUUUGUACUUUUCUUUUGUAAUUGAUGGAUGGGUGGUAAUAGUGGUGGCAAUAGCGAGCAUGACCAUAAAGCAGUCUUAUGUGGGUGCCUGUGUGUGUGUUGACCUUUUAAGGCACUUCCUGUGGUACUGUGUCCUCUUCCCCCCCCCCCCAACCUCGGCCCCUGUGACCAACAAGCCGAACUCGGAAGCACAUCUGAAGCUGCUAUAGUGGCGACAAGUAACUCCCUCAGCUCCAAAUGAAAGUUUGAGUGAAGGAAAAAAAAAAAAAAGCACAGGAAACUUGGCAGUUUCUCCCCCCGUCCCGGCCCGCCCUGCCCCGGCCCGCCCUGCCCCGGCCCGCCCCGCCCCGGCCCGCCCUUUAUUAAUGUCACUGGCCUUCUGUGCCUGUCAGUUUGUUGAAGGAGCACACUUCCUCCCUCUGUGCCGUCUCUCCCCGUGUCCCUGCAGCCCGUUGUUCCCCUCUACCAACGAUCUUUGUUUACAUCUCCGUUUGCACAAAAUGAAGACGGAAAGAAGCCGUGCACUGCAUCCCGUCCCCUCAGUUUUCAUUUCGUCUUGCCCACUCUGCUCGUCUUCACGCCUCUUCCCUCCGUACAAUGGACAAUGGAUGUGGAACUAUGUUCUUGAGGCAUUGACACAUCCGCCACUGAAAUCGGCUCCUGGACUGGAAUGCGGUUUUUUUUUUUGGUUUUUUUUUUUAACUGAUGGGAGAGGAGGAAAAAUAAACUGCCUUAUCAGAGCCUCGGGAAGGAGCCGCUAACACCUAUGCACCGCCCUGGUUUCUGCCAGGCAGACCGCCACGGCCAUCUUCUUUCCCCACUCAGAGUCGCACUUGUUAAAAAAAAAUAAGUGUCAAUAGAAAUGUGUGUGGAAGGGGAGGGGCCUCUUGAAGGUGGGCUUAAUCAAUUCCCAGAGCCACCCCUUUGGAACCGUUAACUGUUGUCUUGAAAAAUAUGAGUAUUUCCUGUUUUGAGGGAGAGAAAAAUAACAAUUUGUGUGUAAAUGUUUCAGUGGUGCGUACGUCAUGAGUGUACUACCAAGAGCCAGUGUAUAUUAACCCUUAAAAGAAGCUCAGUAAUGUCAUAACCUCUUCAUGCUUUACCAGAAGUGGCACACGGCCCCCGCACCGACAGUAACUCAGUAUGUUCGACACGUGCGUCGACGGCUUGGUGGAAAAACUAAACGUAUUUUAAACUGGCGUCGCUGUUGUGCCACUUCAAGUAAAGGUACCAUUUAAAGUCCUGUGUAAAUGACCUCUGCAAACGACAAAAGCAGCUCUUCUCUAUGAAAUGGUGUUUCUUUUGUCAUUUAAUUUUUUUUUUUUAAAUAUAUAUAUUUCCUUUUACGUGUUUAAAGAAACCUGCCUCGUCUUUAUUUUCAUUUCAGAUGCGAGCGAGCAUGUGCCAUGGUAACGUGGCUAGAAUUAUUUUGUACUGUCCUACAUACAGAGCGAGGCGAGAGGGUUUUAAUUCAGACAAACAAUGGGAAUGGUUCUUUUUUAACAACAAACAAUUUCUGGAUAUUGCCUUGUAGCACUUGUAACAAGUGAAGAUUUGUCUAUUGGAUUUCUCAGUGAUCCCUUUUUAAUGAGACACUACGCAAGUUUCAUGCCCACAAGAAAAGCAUAAUGAAGGUCUACAUAAAAUCAGUCUCCUCAUAAAUAAUAUUG